CUCUCACGGCGGCCAUUGCUCUGAAGACCACCAUUCCCAUUGACAUGCAUUGAAAGGGCUCCAGCAAGAUGGCGCCAGCGGAAGAGACAGGAACGUGCAGGUCAGAUUGGUCUCUGGAAAGAAUCCGCGAAAGUUGAGUUCGACGUGACUGAGUUCGGCGGCGGAUCUGCUGCUGCUGCUGUUCGGCGAUGACGACUGCUGAUCUAAGACAGGAGCUGGACUGUUCCAUCUGCCUGAGCAUUUAUACCGAUCCUGUAACCCUGGGAUGUGGCCACAACUUCUGCCGGGUCUGUAUUGAUCGUGUGCUGGAUACACAGGAAGGGGCUGGAGUUUAUACCUGUCCUGAAUGCAGAGGACAGUACAGGAGACGUCCUACAAUGAUACGGAGCAUAGCUUUGUGUAACAUAGUGGGGAGUUUCCUGUCUACUCAGCCAGAUCAGGAGGAGACUGGGAUCUUCUGCACUUACUGCUUGGACUCUCCUGUACCUGCUGCUAAAUCCUGUCUGCAUUGUGAGGCUUCUCUGUGUGAUAAACACCUGAGAGUACACAGCAAGUCACCAGAGCACGUCUUAUCUGAUCCCACCACUUUCCUAGGGAAGAAAAAAUGCUCCAUCCAUAAGAAGGUCCUGGAGUAUUACUGCACUGAGGACGCUGCCUGUAUCUGUGUGUCCUGCUGUCUGAUUGGGGAACACGGAGGACAUCAGGUGGAGUCUCUGGAUGAGGCCUCUGAGAAGAAGAAGGAGAAGCUGAGGAAUGUUCUGCAGAAACUGACCAGAAACAGAGUGGAGGCUGAGAGAAGAGUCCAAAGACUACAGGAGCGCAGGAGAGAACAUCAGGAGAAAGCAGCUGGUGUAACAGAGAGAGUCACUGCCCUGUUUAGAGACAUCAGGAGACAGCUGGAAGACCUGGAGAAGAGCGUACUGAGUGAGAUCUCCAGGCAGGAACAGCGCGUUUCACUCUCAGUCUCUGAUCUGAUCCAGCAGCUGGAAAUAAAGAAGGACGAGCUGUCCGGGAAGAUGCGUCACAUUGAGGAGCUGUGUAACAUGUCUGAUCCAGUGACUGUCUUACAGGAACCAGACACAGAGGACUUGUGUGAUAGUAAUGACAGAAAGAGACGAUAUACACAGGUCCAUGUUGCAGGAGAUCUGGAUGUGGGUCUCAUCUCAGGGACAUUACACACAUUAUCUGAUGUAAUAACAGGUAUAAAUACAGGGAUCUAUGUGCAGGAGGAUACAGCCCUAUUACAGGAUGUGACCACAGAUUGUGAUACAGACUCUGAUAUAAUAACAGGUAUAAAUACAUUGUUCUAUGUGCAGGAAGCUACAGAAAUAAUAAUACUGGAUGUAACCACAGCUGCUAAUAAUAUACGUAUAUCAGGUGACAAGAAAACUGCGUCCUGGUCGCCAAGCCAGAAAUAUACAGCAACACCAGAGAGAUUUCAGUGUCGUCAGGUAAUGAGCACCAGGGGAUUCUCCUCAGGGGGACAUUUCUGGGAAGUGGAUGUCGGUAGAUCAGGGAACUGGAGGGUGGGGAUGUGUUAUCCCAGUAUAGAGAGGAGGGGACGUCCGUCAUACAUUGGAUAUAACAACAAGUCCUGGUGUCUGUGUAGGGGGUAUGGUAAUCGGUACUCAGUGAUACAUGACAGUAUGUGGAUCCGGGUAGCUGACAAUAUCCCCUGUGACAGAGUGAGGAUAUAUCUGGAUUAUGAGGCAGGACUGUUGUCCUUUUAUUCUCUGUGUGACCCCAUCAGACACUUACACACCUACACUGCCACAUUCACUGAGCCCCUCCAUGCUGCAUUGUGGGUAAUAGGCGGUUGCAUAACUAUAUCUGGGUGAGUCAGGAGCUAGGACAAAUUACCAUAAGACAUGAUGACAUCACAGGGAGGGGAAUCUGAUUGGUGGGGCACUGACCAAUAGACUGAAGCAGUGGGUGGAGCCACAGCGGAGCCCCUCCCCCUGUGUGACCAGUGUGUCUGAUUUUGGGCCUCAUCAGAGACGGAUGCAGUGGAUCUGCAAAAAUAUGCUAAUGACGCAGGAGUUUUGUUUGAAACUAAGACGCCAGAACCUUUACAACUACGUACGGGAUGGUAGUCGCAGGCUGAUACACGCCCCCAAACUUCUGACACGCCUCCAUUUGAAUCUCCACACCCUCAUUACCUCUUAGAAAUGCUGCCUGUCUGUUAAUCACUUUGCAUUCAAGUGUGCGCUGAGACCGCCGUCCGUAAUCUAAGUUGGUGUGUGCGCUGUGCGACUCUGACGCAUAGGCAGUCCAAAGAAAAAUUUCUCAGAUUCACAAACAUCGGCGCUGCCUCCGUCUCUGAAUCAGGUUUUUGUUUCACUUGUUUUGUGAGUUAGAAACGGUCAUAAAUAUAUAAGACGCGCUGCUCCUCCUGUUAGACCCACGUCAGCAACUGAUCCAAAUGACAGCAUAAAACAACAAACUAGAAGGCGUUUACAGUGUGAUCUAUAGUAACCCAAUUGUUGUAGACUAAAUGAUCCAAUCAGAAUUAUUAAGAUCGCCCCGCAGGCACAUGCGUUUCCAGGGAGGAGACGGAGCGUAGCGGGAGGGGGGGGGGGGGGCGGUGCGGCGCGAACGUCACACUCAGCCGCUGCGAACGGGAACAUGGCGGAAGGAGGCAUCCCUAAUUCCUGCUUCAUCAAGGGGGGGGGGGGGUUAGUAUGCUGGGCGGAGUUGCCCUGAUAUGGGUGGCCCCCAGCAUGCUUGCAAAAGGAUUGCAAAUUCUGCUAAUUCGCUUAUUUUGCACACUCCUUAUUGAAUUAGGCCCAAAGUCCUCUCCUAUGGUACUUUUCAUCCUCUUUAAUGAUCUCCAAAUCUGGAAAAUAGCCCAGCCCCAAACAGAUGAAAUAACUCAUAAUGGAGUAAAUUAGAAUUUUUAAAAAUAAGUAAUUAAAAUCAGGCACAGUAUAAGUACUUGAUAAUUGGCAUCAUAGUCACAAACGUUUCAGCCAGUCUCCAAGAUAGGGAACUCUCUGCAACUCUACCUGUAAUAAUCAGUUGGAGCUCCCAAUAGCAGAAGUUCUUCCUGGAAAAGGCAAACAGACUACCAACGCGUUUCUUCUAGACCAAACUUCAUCAGGGUUAUGCUUACUGAGUGCCUGAACGCCUGUAUAUUCUUUAUUAUACAGUUACUUGACCGUAUUAUCACAUCUGUAUAUGCUGUGUUAUUGCACUGUUACUGAGUGCAUUAUCAUGCCUCUAUAUGCUGUGUUAUUGGAAUGUUACUGAGUGCAUUAUUAUGCCUGUAUAUGCUGUGUUAUUGGACUGUUACUGAGUGCAUUAUCACGCCUGUAUAUGCUGUGUUAUUGGAAUGUUACUGAGUGCAUUAUUAUGCCUGUAUAUGCUGUGUUAUUGGAAUGUUACUGAGUGCAUUAUUAUGCCUAUAUAUGCUGUGUUAUUGCAGUUACGGAGUGCGUUAUCACAUCUGUUUUCUUGUCAGCAAUAAAUCGCUCAGCUGUGUAAGAACAGCC